AUGGGGAGACAGAAAGGUGGCAAUAACUCUGCACGGGGGGCCCCCCACUCUGCUGUUGCUUCUUCUGGGGGCCCCCCUUUAAGGGUAUCGCAGCCCUUUUCCUCGCCACCUGCUGCUGUCUCAGCAGCAGCAGCAGCAGCAGCAGCAGAAGCAGCAGAAGUAUUAUCUCCAGUUAAACUGUCUCCUGAUACCCUCUGCCAGGCAGAAGCAGCAAGCCACCCUAUCAAAGCAGCAGGGGGCCCCCCUAUGUCUGCAGCAGGGGGCCCCCAUGAGGGUACUGCUGGGGGCCCCCCUACGUUAUCUUCAGGGCCCCUAGAUUCUGCUGAAUCCGGAUGCAAAGAAGAAGCAUGUGGGGGCCCCUAUGGUGAGGUAAAUCAAACAGAUAAGAGGGGCCCCUGUGCAGCUACAGCAGUACCCAUGGGGGCCCCCUUGGGGGCCCCCUUAGGAUCUCUACAGAAUGAGACAAACAAGAAACAGACAUUAGGGGGGGCCCCUAGGGGGGCCCCCCCCCACACUGGUUGCUCUGGGGGUACCCCACCUUCGGGGGCCCCUGGGGGGCCCCUACCAUUGGGGGCAACAGGGGGGGCCCCUGGAGGGGCCCCACCUCCAAUGGGCCCCCCUUGUGGGGGGCCCCCAUUACCAGGGGCCCCCCUUGGGGGCCCCCUUGGGGGCCCCCAUAGGGGAUGCCCUCAGGGGGCCCUUGAUGGGGGUUGGUCCCCUGGGGGCCCCCCAGAGGGGGCCCCUCAAGGCAAUCUCCCUAUGGGGGCCCCUAUGACGGGGGCCCAUGAGGAGGAGGCCCCAGAUGAGGAGGUAGAGGCCCCUGAGGAAGGGGCCCCUGAGGAGGGGGCCCCUGGGGGCCCCCCAGAGGGGGCCCCAGGUGGGGGUUGUAGCGGGGGUAUAUUGCCUUGGGAGAUGGCUGAGGAGCUGCAGCAUUUGGCUGCUGUCCGAAGAGCGUUUGCUCUUUAUGAGGUAGACUCCUUAGGCGAUGUUGCGAGGAUAGAGAAGUAUCUGAACGAACUAAGCGAAGAAGACAGAGAGCUGCUGGGGCCCCCUUCACCAGAAGAAAGAGUAGAAGCAAUAAGAAGAGCUGUUGCUUUAAACCAGCAGUUUAUUGAUUAUAUGCUUCUUGCUGCUGCUUCUGUGGGGCCCUCUACCCCUAGAGGGGGGACCUCAGAGGCAGCACAUUCUGAUAAUGAACAGCAGCAGCAGCAAAUACAACAGCAGCGUAUCCAGCAAAUGCAACAGAUGCAGCAAAUGCAGCAGCAAAUGCAGCAGCAAAUGCAGCAGCAGCAAGUGCAGCAGGAGCAGCAGCAAAAACAGCAGCAAAAACAAAACAAACAAGGCAAGGGGGGACAGCAGACUACAAAGAAGAGGAGGAGGAAGAAGAUGCAGCAACAAAAAAUGCAGCAGCAGCAGCAGCAGCAGCAACAGCAACAGCAAGACCAGCAGCAGCAGCUAGACCAGCAGCAGCAGCAACUGCAGCAGCAACUGCAGCAGCAGCUUGGGAAGGACGUCAAGGGGGACUGCCGCCGCUUGCUGCUGGAGGCAGAACAAGAAGACCCAGAGAAACUCACUCGCAACCUCAGCAAGGUGCGGAGCACGCUGCGUCAGUUCGUUCGUGACUGGGCUGAGGAAGGUGCUGAAGAGAGAGAAGCAGCUUACGGCCCCCUUCUGAGGGCCUUAGAGGAGCAUUUGCCCAUAACACCAGGCCAAAAUCCCCCCAGGGUGUUGUGCCCGGGUUCGGGUUUGGGGCGGCUUCCGUUUGAAGUGAUGAGGAAAGGCUAUGCAUGUCAGGGCAAUGAAUUUUCUUACUUUAUGCUUAUAGGGUCUGAUUUUCUAUUGAAUUCUCGCUUGACCCCGAAGUCGCUGCCGCUGCAGCCGUACUGUCUCUCCACCUCCAAUAGGAGGUCUCAAGCCGAUCAUCUUGAUGUUGUCUGGGUGCCCGAUGUAGCCCCCAGCGAGCAUGUCUGCCCCUCUGCGGAUUUCUCCAUGUGUGCAGGAGAAUUUGUUGAGGUAUACGGUAGUCCUUCAACAUCUCUUCCUCCUUCAUCGCGUGUGUUUGACGGUGUAUUAACGUCAUUUUUUUUAGAUACAGCUAGAAAUGUACUUCUUUAUAUCAAAACAAUUGCUAAAAUUGUUAGGCCCGGCGGUCUGUGGGCAAACGUCGGCCCUCUGCUGUAUCAUUAUGCGGAGACACCGCAUGAAAUGAGCGUAGAGUUCUCUGCUGAAGAAAUACUCGCUGUUGUAAGGAAUUGGUUUAAUCUACUUAAAGUAGAGUGGAGAGACUGCUAUUAUACUUCUAACCGCAAAUCGAUGAUGCAGGGUCUGCAGCAGAUAGACCCGCGGCUGCAGACGGUAUUUCUGUCUUUAAUUUGCUGCAGCAGAUGCACACACCCCACAAAACCCCCUGCAGCAGAAGCAGCAGCUGCAGCAGCAGCAGCAGCAGCAGCAGCAGCAGCAGCAGCAGCAGAAGAUCUAAAUACACACGCUGCAUCAGCAGAAGCAGCAGCAGACCAGCAGCAACAGCAACAGCAGCAGCAGCAACAGCGACAGCAACAGCAGCAGCCGCAGCAGCGGCAGCAGCACCGUAUUUCCUCAGGUGUAUGCACCCUAAUGGUAGCUUCUCCUGGCGGUACUGCAGCUGGAGGUUGUAUGAAGACUACAACAGCAGCAGCUGCACAGGGGGGCCCCCAGGGGGCCCCCCAGGAGUGCAGCAGCAGCAGCAGCAGCAGCAGCAGCAGCAGCAGCAAUAUAACGCCAACUUUCGUGGAGCUGGUGCGGCUUCUGCCUGCUCCUCUGAAGGGACAGAGGGCGCUUGAGGUGUAUAUACACUCUAAGAUGAUUGAUCUCGGCUUUAUACCCUGCGAAGACGAAGAUGCAGCAGCAGCAGCAGCAGCAGCAGCAACAGCAACAGCAGCAGCAGCACCAGCAGCAGGGAGCUUAGUAAAGCUUCCUAAUGGGCAGAUUGCUCGUAUUGUGUAUACAGCAGAAAAGGGAGAUGAUGGCUGGAGCUGUACAUACACCCGACCCGAGUGGCGAGUCCUUGUUGCUGCUCCUUCUCAGCAGCAACAGCAGCAGCAGCAGCAGCAGCAGCAGUUGGUUGCAGGCAGGCGCACGCGCUUGAGUUUGGGGCGCGUCGGGGGCCGCGCAGUGCUGCGGGUACGCGAAGACAGCAGCAGCAGCAGCAGCAGCAGCAGCAGCGGCGAGGCGCUGCUGCUAGAACUCCCAGAUGACCUGGCUGCAGCAGCAGCAACAGCAGCAGAAGCAGCAACAGGAGCAGCAGCAGCAGGCGCUCAAGGGGCAGCCAACGAUCCCCUCCUCUACUUCGACAUGAAAAAACUGCAGGGCCCCCCCCCUGAGGUGUCUAUACCCUCUGCUGCAGCGCAGCAGCAGCAAAGGGGGCCCCUGCCUUCUGUAGGUGCUGACGACCUCAACCCAUCCUUCACAAGUUCUUCGCUCGAGGGGCCCCCAGGGGCCCCCUGGGGUUUAGGGGGUUCAGGAGGAAGCUUAGUAGGGCCUAGGCAUCCGUUGUUUCAAGUUAAUAGAGAUAAUAAUAGGGGGGCCCCCCAGCUUCCUCAAGGGGCCCGAUAUGACCCAAUGGGGCCCCUAGGCGUUGACCCUUCUCCCGAUCAUACUCCUUUUCUUCCCUAUGAAAAUAUAGGAGAGGGCCCCCCAGGGGGCCCCCCUGGGGGGCCCCUAGGGGAGGCCCCUGGGGGGCCCCUUGGGGGGGCCCCUGGGGGGC